AUGGGAAUCUCGUUUCGGAUCCGAUCUCGGUUCAGCGCUCUGAGCUCAGCGUUACUCGGUGCACGGAGUUUCACGCUGUACUGCCAACUCUCAGUGCACGAGCAAUUCCCCCUGCACUGCCUUUUUUUUUUUUUUUUUUUUUUUUUUUUUUUUUUUUUUUUUUUUCAUUUUCACUGGGGAUUUGUGGUUCUAAUCCAAAACGUAUCCCAGAAUUGAGCUGUACCCCACCUAUGAUACCUAUAUACCUCCAACUUUGCCGACCGACAAGCCCUGUAAGGGGAUGCCUUACAGAACAGCCCCAUAAGUAGCCUCUGAGUAGCUAGAACUGUCGAGUUCUAGUUACGACUUGCUUUUAGUCUAGCGGUCAAGACGACAGAUUGUAGUUUAAGCACAUCAGAGGCGCAUACCUUACAAGCCCUCCCUCGAGCCCUGCUCGACAUCAUCUCGUCGCAGCUUAGCGUUUACUUCUGCGGCGACCUUCAACUCAAGCGGGAAAAGAUUGGGGACCUGUCGUGCGAGAUGAUUCCACGCGUCUUUCAGUCGUUUGCCCAAGGUGCAGGGGUGACUCUUCACGUGGAUGUUAUCAGAGGCGAGAACGAUGACCACAAGUUGAGUUUGACAGGACAGGUGGAAGGCUGGUCUCUCUCGACAUUGGCUCGCCUCCACCUCCUCCAUGAUCAUUGUCUCUGCGUAAAACACAUGGGCAGCAUGCUGACAAACACCUCAAUUUCAAAAGCACAGAGCCGAGUCCGCCUUCAAAGCCUUGGCCUUGGCGAUCCGAGAAGCGAUUCAAACCGAUGGCUCCGACGACACCCCCUCGACCAAGAGCGCGCUCUAA